AUGAAUGUAUUCCGAAUUUUGACACCGUGUGUAUUGCAACGUAGACGACCAAAGGAGGUUGAUAAUUCCGAUAAAAGGGAUUGCUGGUUCGUGAAAAGACGGCGUGGAGAUGCUUCCUACAUGAUACAUAGAAUGGGUGCUUCUGCAUCGUCAAGCAUUACCAGUGUAGGUGGAGAUUCGGUCCAAGCAGCUAGACUUUCAUCCUCUGGUAAUCCACCUGAUCAACAUGGCAUUGCUAUCAGGGAGAAGAAGAAGAAAAUGACGGGGUUCGCGACGUUACGGAAGAAAUUCAUUCGAAGACGUCGGUCUUCAAAGGCCUGCGACCAUGGCAGGAUAAUCCGAGAUUUGGUCUCAACAUGGAGCCAUUUAGAGGCAACGGCGCUUUUGGAGGAGUACGAGGCGUUGGCUGCAUUAAAGGAUCUCCAUGUCCAAGCCGAAUUAGCCAGACCGCCGGCCGCCACGUACAAACAGGAUUUGUCGAUGUUGUACGACUAUAAACAUUGUUCUGAUGUGGAUCUCGUCUACCGAGGAGCCUGCUUCCCCGUUCACAGAGCCCUGUUGUCAGCCCGUUGUUCCUACUUUAGGGAUUUGCUGGCUGGAUGUCCGGUACAAAUGUUUUCGGCAUUGCUGCGAUAUCUCUACACUGGUGAUAUUUGUCCACACGAUGCAGCCCUGGAAGCGAAUCUGUUGCGGCGACUGAGCGAAGAAUUCGGCACGCCAAAUCCGCUGGAACACGAUCUCAGAUAUCUGUUGGAUACUGGUGAUUACGCGGACGCCGCGUUAGUGUUCACGUCGGACAGUGAUUACCAGAGACCAGAUAGUGGAAGUUCAGAAUAUGGAUUCCGGCCAAAGUUAGAACUGCCAUGUCACAAAGCGAUACUUUCUGCGAGAUCUCCGUUCUUCAGGAAUUUAAUACAAAGACGGACUAGAUCUGGUGAAGAUCACACAGAAAGAGCGCUUCAUAUACCCACUAGAAUAGUUUUGGAUGAGAGUGUAAUACCGAAACGAUAUGCCAGAGUAUUGUUACAUGCAGUGUAUUUAGAUACAGUUGAUUUAUCGUUAAUUAUGAGAGGUAAUGGUUGCGGGAACAGCGCUGGUAGUCUCGGAGAGGUACAGGCUCUUACUCAUACUGGACGUGUUCGACCAAGCCCCUUAGAAGAAGCAAUGGAAUUGUACCAAAUCGGCCGAUUUUUGGAGCUAGAUAUAUUAUCACAGGGUUGUGAAGAUCUUAUUUUAGAAUACCUUACACUGGAAUCGCUUCCAACCGUUUUGAAGUGGGGCAGUCAACCUCACGGAUCGGCAUGGGUACAUAGACAAGCGUUACAUUAUUUAAGGGAAGAAUUCCAGCCAGUCGCUUCGUCUUCUAUUCUCCACCAACUGGAUCACGCGCAUUUAGCCAAUGUCUUGCAAAGCCAUUUCUUGCAAGCGAGUGAACUUGAAAUACUGCAGGCGGUACUCAAGUGGGGGGAACAAGAAUUGGUGCGUCGUAUGGAGGAUCGGGAACCAAAUUUGCUCAGUCAUACGGUGCACUCCGUGACAAGAAAGGGGUUGAAGAAGAGGGAUCUAAGCGACAUAGAGUUACGAGAGAUACUUAGCGAACUUUUACCACUUGUCAGAAUGGAUCACAUAUUACCUCCAAAUAGUGAAGCGCUGGCUCAAGCUAUUAGAAGAGGAUUAGUAUCAACUCCACCGAGUCAUAUGAUAGGGGAUGAGAGGGAAAAUUUACGGAUGAAUGCAUGGAUAAGGGGAGGGAAGAAAAAUGGAUUUUUUGUAAGGCCACGCCUGUUUAUGCCUUAUUACGAAGAAAUAAAGUCUUUAGUUGAGGAACAAAUGGUCCAAGAAGCAGAUUUAGUGAGAUUACGAAGGCCACGAUAUGUGGCCGAUAUUCCCGAUGCCUUGUACAUGGUUGAUGAGAAACCAAGACCAAUAGGUACAGCCGGCGUGGAUGUUCUAGCUGCGGCGUUUCCAGUUCCAGAUUCCGCGACCUUGGCAGCUAUGAUGAAGCGAGAGCAGAAAUUGAGGCAGUCUCCUAGUUGUCAGAGAGCUAUCAGUUUGCCGCUCUCGUCGCGACACGAAAUUAAUAGGCAAGUGCGAUUACGUGUUGUGAGAGAGUUCAACUUACCUGACACGGUAGCGGAUCUGCUGGAA